UACCUAUUAAAUUGCCCACAAAUCCCUCAUCCUCUCAAACGCACAACAUUCAGAUUUCAAACUCUUUUCGAAUCAAAUACAGUGAUUUUCAGUUUUAUUUAAUUUUCACCCACACACAAGAGAAAGAUGGAAUUCAGGCCAAUGACGGGUUUCGACGCCCCAAUCUUCCACGCCCUUCAACACAUGCUCGACGCCACUGACGAAUCCGACAAGUCCGUCAACGCUCCGACACGCACAUACGUCCGCGACGCCAAGGCAAUGGCAGCAACACCGGCUGACGUGAAGGAGUACCCGAAUUCGUACGUGUUCGUGGUGGACAUGCCGGGGCUGAAGUCAGGGGACAUCAAGGUGGAGGUGGAGGACGACAAUGUGCUGCUGAUCAGCGGAGAGAGAAAGAGAGAGGAAGAGAAAGAGGAGGGGGCCAAGUACGUGAGGAUGGAGAGGAGAUUUGGGAAAUUCAUGAGGAAGUUUGUGUUGCCUGAAAAUGCUAAUACUGAUGCAAUCUCUGCGGUUUGUCAGGACGGUGUGCUUACUGUUACGGUUCACAAGCUGCCCCCUCCACAGCCAAAGAAGCCCAAGACCAUUGAGGUCAAGGUUGCUUGAUUCGGAUCUCAGAUCAUUUAUAGUGCCCUCACUACCCUUUUUUUUUUGGUGUUUUCCAGUUGCAGUAAUAUUUAUUGGUAUUGAUCAUUUGCUUUCUAAUCAUGAAGAAUCUUAAUGAUUGUCAUAUGGGCAGUUUCAUCAAUGGAAUAUAUGGGUUAUGUUCUUAAAAGAAUUCCUCUCAAUUGUUAAAAAGUUUCUAAAAGAAUGCCCUCUCAACUGUUAAAUUUUUUUAGUUGUCAUUGUGAGCGGUUUGGAUUAGACAAGGAAAGCCGUUCAAUUUUGUACUUGAUAUUUGGAUUAAAAUUAAGGAAAA